AUGGAGCUUCACCUAAACCGUGUGGACUACACACAAGUUGGAGUAACAUCCCAGAAAACUAUGAGGCUGCUUCCAUCAGCAGGGAAGAAAGCCACUCAGAAGAUAGAGCAGGAGAGGAGGGAGGAGACUGAGGGCGAGGAGACUCAGGGCGAGGAGACUGAGGGCAAGGAGACUGAGGGCGAGGAGACUCGGGGCGAGGAGACUCGGGGCGAGGAGACUGAGGGCAAGGAGACUGAGGGCGAGGAGACUCGGGGCGAGGAGACUCAGGGCGAGGAGAGGAGGCGGGAGACUCAGGGCGAGGAGACUAAGGGCGAGGAGACUAAGGGCGAGGAGACUCGGGGCGAGGAGACUCAGGGCGAGGAGACUCAGGGCGAGGAGACUCAGGGCGAGGAGACUCAGGGCGAGGAGACUCAGGGCGAGGAGACUCAGGGCGAGGAGACUCAGGGCGAGGAGACUCAGGGCGAGGAGACUCAGGGCGAGGAGACUCAGGGCGAGGAGACUAAGGGCGAGGAGACUAAGGGCGAGGAGACUCGGGGCGAGGAGACUCAGGGCGAGGAGACUCAGGGCGAGGAGACUCAGGGCGAGGAGACUCGGGGCGAGGAGACUCAGGGCGAGGAGACUAAGGGCGAGGAGACUCAGGGCGAGGAGAGGAGGCGGGAGACUCGGGGCGAGGAGACUCAGGGCGAGGAGACUCAGGGCGAGGAGACUCGGGGCGAGGAGACUCAGGGCGAGGAGACUAAGGGCGAGGAGACUAAGGGCGAGGCGACUCGGGGCGAGGAGACUCAGGGCGAGGAGACUAAGGGCGAGGAGACUAAGGGCGAGGAGACUCGGGGCGAGGAGACUCAGGGCGAGGAGACUCAGGGCGAGGAGACUCAGGGCGAGGAGACUCAGGGCGAGGAGACUCAGGGCGAGGAGACUCAGGGCGAGGAGACUCAGGGCGAGGAGACUCAGGGCGAGGAGACUCGGGCGAGGAGACUCGGGCGAGGAGACUCGGGCGAGGAGACUCAGGGGAGAGACUCAGGGCGAGGAGACUCAGGGCGAGGAGACUCAGGGCGAGGAGACUAA